GAAAAGUGACGUACGCUUGUCGCGCGUGGGCUGGACCGUGAGUUGGAGAAAGGGAAUGUCGGUCGGUGAGAGAUCGGUUACAGAGGCGGCCGGGAGCGUCAACAGAAUGGUAGCACAACAGAAAAACCUUGAGGGGUACGUGGGAUUCGCAAAUCUCCCCAACCAAGUGUACAGAAAGUCUGUGAAACGGGGCUUUGAGUUCACUCUCAUGGUGGUCGGAGAAUCAGGUUUGGGAAAGUCUACACUCAUCAACUCCCUGUUCCUGACAGACUUGUAUUCACCAGAGUAUCCCGGACCCUCUCACAGAAUCAAGAAAACUGUUCAGGUGGAGCAGUCCAAGGUGCUAAUUAAAGAGGGUGGAGUUCAACUGCUGCUCACCAUUGUGGACACACCAGGCUUCGGAGAUGCCGUUGAUAACAGUAACUGCUGGCAGCCUGUCACCGACCACAUUGACAGCAAAUUUGAGGAUUACCUCAACGCGGAGUCACGCGUCAACAGACGCCAGAUGCCCGACAGCCGAGUGCACUGCUGUCUGUACUUCAUCGCUCCUUCUGGUCAUGGACUGAAACCACUGGAUAUUGAGUUCAUGAAACGGUUACAUGAAAAAGUGAACAUCAUCCCGCUCAUCGCAAAAGCAGACACGCUGACUCCAGAGGAGUGCCAACAGUUCAAGAAGCAGAUAAUGAGAGAGAUCCAGGAACAUAAGAUCAAAAUCUAUGAGUUUCCAGAGACUGAUGAUGAGGAGGAGAGCAAGCUAGUGAAGAAGAUUAAGGACCGUCUGCCCCUGGCUGUGGUCGGCAGUAACACCAUCAUCGAGGUUAAUGGGAAGCGUGUACGAGGGAGGCAGUACCCCUGGGGCGUGGCAGAAGUGGAGAAUGGGGAGCACUGUGACUUCACAAUCCUACGAAACAUGCUCAUCAGAACUCACAUGCAGGAUCUGAAGGACGUGACUAACAAUGUCCAUUAUGAGAACUAUCGCAGUAGGAAGCUGGCGGCUGUUACUUACAACGGCGUAGACAACAACAAGAACAAAGGCCAACUCACCAAAUCUGACUCAGUUGAAGGCAUUAGGAGCCCCCUGGCACAGAUGGAGGAGGAGAGGAGAGAUCAUGUGACAAAGAUGAAAAAGAUGGAAAUGGAGAUGGAGCAAGUGUUUGAGAUGAAGGUCAAGGAGAAGAUCCAGAAACUCAGAGACUCGGAGGCAGAGCUGCAGCGGCGUCAUGAACAGAUGAAGAAGAACCUGGAGGCCCAGCACAAGGAGCUGGAGGAGAAGAGACGUCAGUUGGAGGAGGAGAAGGGCAGCUGGGAGGCCCAACAACGCAUGCUGGAGCAGCAGAAACUGGACGCUUCCAGGACCUUGGAAAAGAACAAAAAGAAAAAGAUCUUUUAAACCACUUGGACCAUCACCACAUUCUAGUUGCCAAUUAUACCAGCCUGGACCCUCAGUCAGUCUGUCGACCAAAAUCAUACAUUUAAACCCCCAUGUUUAGUUUCUUUGUGUGUGUGUGUGUGUGGGGACAGUGUGCCUCUGCACUCCCUGCUGACCUGGAAACAUUUAACACUGCCCACACAUUGUGCUCUUUUUACGCAUCGGUUCAUUUGCCAGACCUCACAGAAACGGAGAGCGGAAGCACACUUAACCUAUAAUACAUGAAAGCAUAAAAACUUCUCCGAGAUAUGCAAUAUUGUACGAAACAUUUUUUUGAAUUUGUAAUGUGUCAAAUUUCCCUCUUGCAUCAUGUGUUUGUUCAGUGUUUUUAGAUCCAGAGGUCACUUCUUCCUCUCCAACUGCAUAUUGAUUGGUCACAUCAAUAAAACUAAAGGCUGAAUCUUACCUCAGGCAUUUCUGUCCUUUAAACAAUUUAUUUUGUGGCUUCCUUUCCCUUCCUGAAAUGUUAAGCUCUUUCAAUAUUUGUGUAAAUUAAAUUAUUUAGCCAUUCAUGAAAUGUUCCUUCGGUUACUAUUAUUUUGUCAUGUUUAAUUUGUUUCUCAUAUAAUGUUCCAGUUCACUGUUUGUUUGAAGCGGUAGCAGAUUGUCAUCUACAGAGCCUUUAUGAACGUCACAUGAUUUGGCUAUAGAUCCUCCUUAUGAAGUGCUGUACGACAUUAUCAAUAUUAUGCAAACUCUAAAAAAAAAAUAAUAAUAGUAAAAAAAUUAAUAAAAAAGGAGGAUACAUCACAUAUUAUGUGAGUGAUUAGUUUGUGUCUGUUGCCUACCGUCGGGUACGUUUCCUGUUCUCUGUCAUGUAAACUGACCCUGAAGCAGUGAGCUGGCGUUCUUGGCCAGUUGUUUCUCUCUCUCUCUCUCUCUCUCUCUCUCUCUCUCUCUCUCUCUCUCUCUCUCUCUCUCUCUCUAUAUAUAUAUAUAUAUAUAUAUAUAUAUAUAUAUAUAUAGGCACAGAGUUCCAUCAGAGCUGGCCUCCCCCAAUACCUUUGAUGUACCUCUGCAGCUCCUUUUUAUAAUUUUGUUUCUCUUUGUUUUGCUUUUUCAUUUUUAUUGUACAAAGUCACAUAAUAAACUUGUGAUGAUGCCA